AUGACAAGUUAUUAUCAAGAUCAAAAUCAGUUGAAGGAUAGCAAGAGUUUUGUACCCAAGGUGGACGUCCGGGGCAAGCCUCUGUCCGAGGCGAGACACCAAUCGAGGGACUUUGGACAAAGGGCGUACUUUCGGAUGUCCAUUCAAGAGCCAGCCGUCCUGGUGAUCAACAAAAUCAAAAGCCACGAAGCCGCAGUGUACAGGUGCAGGGUGGAUUUCAAUAAGGGCCAAUCUAGAAGUGCCCGGUACAACGUUACUGUUAUAGUGCCGCCGGAGCAGCCAGCGAUUAUGGACAUGUGGGGCCGACAGCUCAACGGAACUGCAGGCCCGUACGAGGAGGGCGACAAUCUUUCACUGACCUGCCGAGUGACUGGCGGUAGGCCAGAGCCCACCGUCAAGUGGAUCGUCAACGGUCAGCUCAAGGACGACGAUGCGUACGAGAGCACUGCAGGAGACGUCAUCGAGAAAAAAAUAACAGUAAAAUCGCUGACUAGGUCACAUCUUUUCUCCAAUUUCACGUGUCAGGCCCAAAAUACUCAUCUCGUACAGCCAAAAAAAGUUUCACUCAUCCUCGAUUUAAAUUUAAAACCACUUACCGUAACGAUACGAAAGACUAAUGGACAAGAUUUUGAAAACGAGGCCUUAAAAGCAGGAGAGCGUUACGAGGUGGAGUGCGAGACGACGGGCUCGAAGCCGCCUGCGGUGAUCACGUGGUACAAGGGCAGAAGGCCUCUGAUACACGUAAAGGGGACGAUGAACACGGAGAAUCGCACGAUCAGUAGGGUGGAGUUCGUGCCCGGUGUGGACGACGACGGAAAAUCGGUGACUUGCAGGGCGGAAAAUCCAAACGUGACCGGACUGUAUCUGGAGACAUCCUGGCGGAUCAACGUUGUGUAUGCACCAAUCGUGUCCCUAAGGCUGGGAACGUCACUCAACGCCGGGGACAUCAAAGAGGGCGAUGAUGUCUACUUCGAGUGUCAAAUCAAAGCGAAUCCAUCGUGGUCAAAGCUCACCUGGAUUCAUAACGGAGUGGUUCUGACGCACAACACGUCCGCCAGGAUCAUUCGGUCUAAUCAAAGUCUCGUGCUUCAAAGCGUAACCAGAAGCAGCGCGGGCCUGUACGUUUGCGCGGCAACCAAUGACAUCCAGGAAACUCGGAGCAAACCGCUUGAAUUUCGCGUUAAAUACGCGCCGAUCUGCAAGGAGGACAAGAUCAUGGUGGUGGGGGCCUCGAGGGGCGAGUCCUUGGAGAUAUCCUGCCGCGUAGAGGCCGACCCACCGGCUCACAGCUUUCGCUGGAAGUUCAACAACAGCGGCGAGACCCUCGAACUACCGGCCAAGCUAUUCUCCAUCGACCCGAACGACGGCCUCAGCGUGCUCACCUACGAGCCAUCCACGGAACUGGACUACGGCACGCUCUCCUGCUGGGCGGACAAUCUCGUUGGCACCCAGUCCAGGCCCUGCCUUUUUCAGCUCGUCGCUGCAGGCAAGCCAUUUCCGGUGCGCAACUGCAGUCUGGCGAACCAAACUUACACGAGCGUGGAAGUUAGAUGCAUAGCGGGCUACGAUGGUGGUCUGCCGCAGGAGUUUGUCCUCGAGGUGUACCACGGGGACCUCGACUCGCUGGCGAGCCUAAGGUCAUUAUACAACGUCACAGCUAAGGAGGAGCCGUUUUUCGAGCUCUCGGGACUCAAGGCGUCCGUGGACGCGGGCACACAUGUCGUCGUGUACGCCAUCAACGCCAAGGGCCGGAGUCAGCCGAUCGUGCUCAGCGAGGUGACGUUUCGCGAUGCUGAAAGACGCACUGGACAAGACGCGGGAAUGGGGCUGUCACCACUGAUGGGAGUGAUUAUUGGGGCCCUGGUGACCCUCGCCCUCGUUCUGCUGGUGCUGCUCGUCAAAUCGAGCCGGCCGAGUUGA